UUUUGUAUUUGUUGUUGUUGUACAAUUGUCACUCAGUAACUUGUGUGAUUACGAGGAGCGCCAAUGGUUGUCUGUGACUGGCGACCGGUCCAGGGUUUAGUCCGCCUUUCGGCUCCAGCGCCCCGCGACCUUAACCGACAGAAGCGGUGUUGAAAACAGACGCAAGUCUUUCUUUCUUUCUUUCUUUCUUUCUUUCUUUUUUGUUAUCAAAGCCGGGCACGCAGAUAAGAGCCACCAAAUUGGAGUUAGCGGCAUCACGCAGCGUUCAAGUCAAGGAUUGUAAAAUGCCCAAUUGGGUUAAAUUUGCCGACAUUGUGUCCCGUUUUCCUUGCGUGCGGCUGAGAGAAGAUGUUGCGGAGGAAACCGACUCGUCUCGAGCUAAAGAUUGAUGACACGGAGGAGUUUGAGAGCAUCAAAAAGGAGCUUGAGGCAAGGAAACGUCAACGGGAAGAGGCGGAGUCAGCAGGCGGAGUAGGCGGGGACUCUGCGGCCGGUGGGUCCGAAACUCCGCCCUCAUCGUCAACCGCGGCGUCGCGGGCGGAGCUCAUCAACGAGCGAAUCGGCUUCAAGCCGCACCCCAAGCCCACCACGCUGCCCACCCUCUUCGGAAGUUUACAGUUUUAGAUGAAAUGAGUUGAGUUUGCCAGCAUUUUGGGGGCUUUUCAGUCCACGCAGUCAUCGUCAAGCAAACAAAUGUUGUUGGUGGCAAUUUAUUUUCAUUUUGAAAUGCUUCAAUCAUCUUAUAAAAGAGGUCAUCAAUGUGACUUAUGUACAAAAAGGAACAAGAAGGUGGCGCCCUCUCGUGACACUCUAUCACCUGUGAUGCCAUCUGUCCACAAAUAAAUAUUGUCUUAAAAAAAAACUAAA